GGCUUCGAAAUGGGGCUUCGAAUAUGUUUAUAUCGAUGUUUGUUUAAAGUUUUAAAGUUUCACAUACAUAUAGGUUUUACUCUCGAAAAGCCGAUAUAAGUUCUAGUUGCUGUGUCAUAAAGUAUUUCUUAUUCAGUGAUCAACUUAAAUCAAGAAAAAUAUUCGUUAGAAAUCCACUUGUGGCAGACGAUUAAGAUUUUUUUUUUAUAGAACAUGAAUGCAUGAAAUAUGGAUUAUUAACUUUAACGCAAGCUAAUUGUGUAGUAUAUAGAUAGUAGUUAUGUAAAGUAAUAUGGGAAACCUUUUUAGUUUUAAACAAAUAACUAUGGUUUGUGGAAGUCGUUGCGGCUUUAUAAUUCUUUGUUUUUAUUACCGAAUGGGCAGAGAAAAUAGAAUGAAAAGUUGUCCCAUCUUCUUCUACCCUACUAUAUAACAUUCACAGCUGUUGUGCGGUAUAAAUGAUUUCUUCUAGUGCUAGCAAGCCUCCGUCACGCGUUCUAUAAAAUAGUAAUGCCGCGGGCAUACAAAUAAAAUGUAUAUAUAUUCAGUUCAGAAAACGGUCUAUAUCGAAUCAAUAAAAUAUACAUGCUCUUUAACAAAUAUAGACUUUGUUUUAAUGGUUGGACUAUUUUUGUGAAAAAACGUUGUGAUUUUGACUUACUUAAUUAUGUCACACAGUCACAGCAGUAUGGUUGUGAACUUUAUGCUUAUAUAAGUUGUGAGCGCUAAAACCAUCUUAAACCAGCUUAAGGCAAUUUUAGCGAUGAAAACUCGGUGUGAUUGCUUCAGCACAAACAAGACAGUGUGAAUUAACCAAGGAGAAUAUUGUCCCAUGAGAUUAACUUCAGCAACGUUCUCGGUUAAUUUGGUAUGACGUUCGUGCGAUAUAGUAUAUGCCUGGCCAUGUCCUACUCAAUACAAUGUAUUCAGUAGACCAUGGCCUGGCGCAGGCACAAACAUAGUGUUGAACUUAUUGCAGUGGAAACUACUGGCCGAUUCCACAUUCGCAAAAAAAACGUAAUUCGAAUUAUAUUUUUAAGUUGUAGAUUUAGAUUGAAAAUGUCACUUUGACACAUGUAAGUUGCAGUAAACUUAAAAAAAUGUUUAUAAUUCGUGUAUUUCUUGCAUUUGUAUGGAGUUCUACUGUUCUUGAAGCGUUCGAAGUGAAUUUCACAGUUUUGAGUAAUACAUCUGACUGUCCAACAGUUUGUAAAUGUUUCAUAUUGGACUCCGAACUACUUCACGUGUUACCCACCUCCUUGAAAGGUAAAAGUUUCGGAGAAGGUUUCUUCAUGACAGCUUCUUGCCAGAGACAAAAACUCCGACAAAUUCCCACAGACCUUUCGGAAUCAACCGCAAUGCUUUACCUGGCAGAAAACGAGUUAACAGAUCUUAACCGAUCUUCGUUUGCAAAGCACAGUAUCCUCACUUCCCUCGUUUUGGCAAACAAUAGAAUAAAGAGCAUCGCAAGCGACACGUUCAUUGGCCUAAAACGCUUGGAAUAUUUGGAUCUUAGUGGAAACCAAAUCGAAACUUUACCAGAAACAACAUUUUGUAACUGGAUACGCAACCAUAUUCUUCCCUUGACCCCUUGUUACGACUUGGUAAAGACGGAUCGAGAAAAUUUAAACGACACGAGAAAAACUCUUACAAUGUUGAUUCAUGGUAACCCAUGGCACUGUACUUGCUACCUUCAGGAAUUCAUGCUCAAUUAUACAUGUGCGUAUGGCGAUCAGGACUAUUGCAUCAAAUUUAAGGCAAUGAGUCAAUAUGAUUUUGCUAUCGGUUACUGCUGGACACCCACCAGUUUGCGUGAAGUGCCGUUGAACAAAUUGAUGACGGAGCACAUUUCCAAGCCACGCGAACAGGUUGUUAACUUAUGUUUAACACGGAAAACAACGGUCGAUAUAGCACUUAUUGUGGUUCUAUUUACAUGGAUGGGAUUGAGCAUGGCCUACGUCAUAAACUUUAUUCUGUGGAACAAUAGAGAAGUUUCUCGCCAUAAAAGUUAUAUUCAAUCGUUAGAAAACACGAAUCGUUCGACUAAAGAACAUCGCGAACAUGUAAAGAAGCGGAAUGACUCAUUUUCGCCUGAAGCAAUUAAGCCACCGAAUCGAAAUUCUACAAAAUGUGAACCACUGCUGAAUAAGCCCUCAGCAGCACUUCCAGAAUUGGCGCUUAACGACAAACUAGUAUCAAGUUUCAGCAAAAGUACUAUCCAAUCAAGGUUUUCUUCAACAAGCGUAACCGAUUCUCCAGUGUGGAAACCUCGUAAUACAGAGCGCCCUUUAACUAUGGCACUAAAUCAAAGCACUGAUUUUUGAUGCAGAACUUUGUAAAAAACCUAUUUUGAGUUCUUAACAAUAAAUGUUUUUCUGUACCCGUGACAUUACUUUUUUAAACCAAAGCUAUACCUAGAAAUGGCCGGUAUAACCAAUACAAUCUAACGUUAAAUUUAUUUAAAACGAUGUAAUGUGAUUAAAGUACACUCAUAAAAACAACCAACAAAAACAGAAAAAGUUUUUCACAUUGCGGGAGGCACAAGUUGUGUGAACUUAAAACAGUUUCAAACUUACCACUAUCAGUUAAUUAUUGUUUGUUUAGUUUCUUUUAGCUGGGCCCCUUGUGUAG